CAUAGAAGACAAAUUGAACUCAUAAAGCAAGAAGAGAAGAGAGGGAGAUCACUCAAAGUCGUCACUAACCCUCGAAUAUUCGACUGGGGUGAGGUUAGAUGUUGCGCAACGAGUGUUCACAGACUCCACUUCUCGCGAAAUCGUUUCUCCGACCCGAACCGUUACCUCCUCAACAACAGCACUCCUCUGCGAACGCCCAACUCAGGUUGGCAGACACUGUCACAUCUCAAUCUCGAGUGCGACAUCCACGUAACCCACAAUGGCAGAAGAAACUCCCAAAAGUGCGAUCACCGAGGAACAAAUCGCCAGUACCGCGCCCACAGCCUCGUCAGCCUCGCCCUCCCGCAACGCCUUCACCGCCCUCAUGGCCCACAAACGAAAAGCCUCUCCCUCCUCACCUGCCGCCUCCAAGAGAUCUCUCUCCUCCCACGCGAAAAACGUCUUCAAGAACCGCGACGGCUUAGGUGCCUACAUUUCCGACCCCUCAAAACACCCCCCUUCACGCGUCGUAUACUACGACUCUGACUUCGUCGCUAUCCACGAUAUGUACCCGAAGUCGAGCGUGCAUACCCUGCUCUUGCCACGGGAUGAGAAGUUUGCGAGCAUGCAUCCAUUCGAUGCUUUCGAGGACGCGGAGUUCCUUGCGCAGGUUCGAGAACAAUCUGCUAGACUAAAAGGUAUUGUGGCAUCGGAGUUACAAAGAAGAUAUGGGAAGUUCUCAGUGCAAGAUAAACCGAGGGAGGCAGUGUUAAAUGGCGAGGUGGAGAUCGAGCGAGAAGAAGACAUGCCCGCUGGCCGCGACUGGGAAAAAGACGUCCUGGUUGGCAUCCAUGCUCAUCCGAGUAUGAACCAUCUACACGUUCAUGUGUUGAGUAAAGAUCGGUCUUCGGAAUGGUUGAAGCAUCGGAAGCACUACAAUAGCUUUGCUACGGACUUCUUUGUCCCGUUAGAGGAUUUCCCGCUAGAGGAAGAUGAUGUGAGGAGACACCCGGGAAAGGAGGGCUAUUUGGGGAGUGAUAUGAAGUGUUGGCGGUGUGGGAAGAACUUUGGGAAUAAGUUUGCGAGGUUAAAGGAGCAUUUGAAGGAGGAGUUUGAGGAGUGGAAGGGAGAGUGAGAGGGCGUUGGGUGAGUGUCAUUGCUGAUAGUGGGACGCGACUUGGAGGCAGAGAUGGAACUGCACCGGUGAUACUAGUAAGUUGGGCACUCCAGCUAUGUAUGAUUACCUUUUCUCUAUGCUUGCUACGGACUGCUAGUAGCAGAGAAUCCCUCUUGUGUCCUUUUUCCUUGUUCCACGUCGCUCCGAAUGUCCCGAAAGUUCCGGUACAAUCCAAAUGUCUUCAGCCUGGAUUGAGAAUCUCGGGAAUUGGCUUUUGUUGUAUAUAGUGAGCAAUGCAUUUCCCCAAGACAUCAUCAAGGGUACGACUCAUGUCGAGAGGAGUUUUCUAAGCAACUGAAGUCGGUUUUUCAGCAGAUGGAGAUGCAAAAGCCACGAUGGAGUCAGAAGAGCGAGGAGGGAAAGGCCAUUGGGUGAGAGACUGGCAAAGGAAUCAUUCAAUUUAGCCUAGCCAGAUAAUCUGGUUCCAAGAUAUCAAACUUUACUACCAC